AUGAGACUAGUGCCUCUGAAGAACCUAACAAUUGCAAAGGAAUUCGCUGUGAGAAACAGAACAACGCCUUCUCCACCCUUUUUGAGACCCUUCAGUCCCUGUUCUGGUCAGUGUUUGGUCUUCUAA